UAAACACAAAGACAAACUUUAGAGAUGAAUUUUAGGAAAUGGGGCAAAACUACUGAAUUGUAGAAGUUCCAGGUCUUUGUAGUGAGAGUGUCCCUUUAAGGCUGGACUGGUUCAUCCCUGUGGAAGGACGGACGGCAGCAGGCAGCGGCACCGGCAGAGGGAGAGGCGGUGCCCCCCCAACAUACGCUGGAAUUUGGCUUGACCUCCGAAUCAUCUUUGUCGUUUAUUAGCAUUUAUAUUUUAUCUUUUAUUGGUGCAUUUUUGCAGAAGUCCGUGAAGGAUUUCUCUCUUGUGACAAAGGAGAGGGGCGGCGGAGGGAGGAGACACAGCCAGGUCUGGUGGACAUUCAGGCGGCCGCACUGCUCCUGCUGUUGCCACAAAUCCGUGCUUUUGCUGCAAACGCGUUCACACGCUAACACCCACACUUUGAACUCGCCAAACCCUCUAGCUGGAUGUUUGUCUUUGCUGACUUCACUAUGGAAUGGACAAAGGAGGACUGAUACCUGGGAGACGUGAAGAAAAUCUUGCAUCGUGCGACCACCGUGCAUUUUAAAGCCAGUAGCUUUAAAGGAGAGUGGCAACACUAGCAAAAUGUCUGUCCCUAACGUGUUGGCCAAGGCAUUGUAUGACAAUGUGGCAGAGUCUCCAGAUGAGCUGUCCUUCCGCAAGGGUGACAUCAUGACGGUGUUAGAGCGUGACACGCAGGGAUUGGAUGGGUGGUGGCUCUGCUCCCUCCAUGGUCGCCAAGGCAUUGUCCCUGGCAACCGUCUCAAGAUUCUGGUUGGCAUGUACGACAGCAAGCAGCAGCAAGCCAUGCCUUCCGCACCAGAUCCAGCUGCUUCCUGUCCUGCCUCCCUGAUGCCACAGCCCCUCCCCCCUCAGAGUGCUUACGCCAAACCAUGUGCCCCGUCAUCUGCUGCCAUCACUGCUUCUACCCCUGGGUUUACCAACAAGCCCCUUCCUUCAUCUCAGUACACAUCUAUGCACCCAGCCUAUUCCACCCCCAGCCCUGCACAGCCCAACCCUGACUCUGUCUACAUGAUGCCACCCUCCCAUGGCCUAAAAUCAAAUCCCCAAAGUCUAUAUCAGGUCCCCUCUGGCCCAAGUGGACCCCCACCACAGGCCCAAACAGGACCCCCCAGCAAAGUCUCAGCUCUAGCCCAGAGACAGUACCAGCUACCUGGCCAGGACAUCUACCAGGUACCUCCAUCUCUCGGUCCAGGGCAGGGAGCAGCACCACCUGGGGGGACAGGAGCUGGGCAGGAUGUGUACCAGGUGCCCCCAUCCCUGGAAAAGAGGAACUGGGACAAUAGUAACAAGCUCCUGGGCAAGGUGGUGGUUCCUACUCGGGUUGGACAGGUGUACGUGUACGACACAGUGAAACCAGAGCAGGACGAAUAUGACAUCCCGCCAAGACAUCAGCCUCUAACCCAGCAGGAUAUAUAUGACGUGCCACCCACUCGCCAGCAGUACAACACACAGGUGUAUGACACCCCUCCAAUGGUGGUGAAGGGGCCCUCCAGUGGUCAAGAUAUAUAUGACACCCCAGCAAGUACAGACAAGAACAUGCAGCAGACGGUCUAUGACUUCCCUCCGUCUGUCAGUAAAAACAUCCCUGAUGCUCAUCCAAUCAGAGAAGAGACCUACGACAUACCACCCCACUUUGCUAAACUCAAGCCACAAGUCCCCGUCCCUCCUGGCCAGUAUCUGCACAACAACCUUAAUGACGAUGAUGAGCCACCGAUUCCAGAGGACGUGUACGAUGUCCCGCCCCCCGUUCUAACUGACAAACAUUACCAAGGAGACAGGGGUGGAAUCAGUCAGGACCCCCAAGAGAUCUAUGACAUCCCGGCCAGCCUGCGGACUGGAGGUCACCCUAGCCAUGAUGUCUACGACUUCCCUCGGGAGCGAGAGGACAAAGGAGGAGAGAGGAGAGAUGUCUAUGUCUAUGAUGUCCCACCACAGGUUGUGCGUGAUGCCCAGUCUUCCAGUGAGGAGCUGACCUUGUCUUUCAAGCGACUGUCUGCCUCAAGCACAGGAAGCACACGGAGCAACCACUCUGCUUCAUCCUUGGACACAGUCCCCAUCCAGGACACUUCCUCUUCCUCCUUACUUCCUGCUCUUGGGUCCAUUCCUGGGAAACCCCUCAUCUUAGACCUGGAGCAGGCCAUGGAGCGUUUAUCUCGCCUCCAGCAAGCUGUUGAGUCUAGCGUUUCCCUCAUGAUGUCUUUCAUCACAGGUAACUGGAGAAGCCCUGCUCACCUAGAAGGAAACCUUCCAGCCAUUCAUCAAGCUGCUGAUCGGGUGCGUGCCACUGUCCGAGACUUCCUAGAAUUUGCCCGGGGUGCUGUGGCGAAUGCUGCCCAAGCAACAGACCGCUCUCUGCAGACCAAACUGGGUCGUCAGGUGGGGAAGAUGGAGGAGGUCUUCCAGAGUUUGAUUCAACACAGUCAAAGCUUAGACGCCAUUUCCUGGUCACACACAGCACUUACAGCACCGCCACCAGGAGGAGAUGACUUAGAUCGACUAAUCAUGACAGCACGAGGCAUCCCUGACGAUACCAAGCAGCUCGCCUCCUUUCUCCACGGUAAUGCCUCGCUGCUCUUCAAACGGACCAACAGGCAACAGCAGCAACUGCCACUUCCUCCAAUCCCAGGGGAGAUCAGCAGCCACAUGACAGGAUCAGGAAGUGGGAGCUAUCAGGGAGGAGAGAAGGUGAACAUUCAGUCCCGACCCCUUCCUUCCCCUCCAAAGUUCACAGCGGCAGAGGAAGAGGAAGAUGUGGACAGGCCAUAUGAGACCACAGAGGAAGGCUGGAUGGAGGAUUACGACUACGUACAUUUACAGGGAAAGGAAGAGUUUGAGAAGAAUCAAAGACAACUGCUGGAGAAAGGCAACAUCAUCAGACACAAGACACAACUGGAACAGCAACAGAUUAAACAGUUUGAGCGACUAGAGCAGGAAGUCAGCCGGCCAAUCAACAAUGACAUGACAGACUGGGUCCCAUCCCAACACCACCCACUGGCCAACCAGCUGGCCCAGAAUGGCUCUGGGGGCCCUUCCUCCUCCAAACUGUGCCAUGGUGACCGUCAGCUCCUCCUCUUCUACCAGGAGCAAUGUGAGCAGAAUGUUACCACAGUGACCAAUGCCAUCGAUGCCUUCUUUACUGCUGUCAACUCCAACCAGCCACCCAAGAUAUUUGUGGCUCACAGCAAGUUUGUCAUUCUCAGUGCACACAAGUUAGUCUUCAUUGGCGACACUCUGUCGCGCCAGGCCAAGUCUCCUGAGGUGAGGGCCCGUGUGGCACAAAGCAGCAACACGCUCUGUGAAAAACUCAAAGACAUUGUGAUCAGUACAAAGACAGCAGCACUUCAGUAUCCGUCCCCUGGAGCAGCUAGAGAAAUGACUGAGAGGGUGAGGGAGCUGGCAGGGUGUACACAACAGUUCAGAAUGGUGCUGGGACAGCUGCUGGUGAUGUAGGAAGGUGAGGAGGGAUGAGUAACACAGUGACACAAACUGAGAUGUCCCAGGAACAUGGGACAGUAAAUCCUUUCUGUAACAGGGGAAAGCCCCUGGAGCACAGAGUGAUGCAGAAAAUCCUGUACACUGUUUCAAUAUGAGAUUGAAGAGCCCAGGUGCCUCUACAGGGUGAGGCUUUCCAUCCUUUACGCUCCCGACAUGUAGCAUAGGAAACCCUGUUUGGACCUUUAUCCUGGGGGUCUAGGACCCUGUACUGGAAUGGGAACACUCAAACCUCACAUCCAUCCUCUGCCCCCUCCCUACCUCGACUUUGACUGAGACUAUUCCUUCAUUCCCCGGUGCGCUUUUUAUUCUAGACAAGCUAAAAGGGACAUUUAUCUUCACUGGGCUGGGCCAAUGGUUGUAAAAUAAUUAAUGUAAAUAUUUAAGUUAGUUACCUAUUUAGUCAGAAAAGCAGAAAGAAAAAAGACUUAAGAACUUCCAGUAUAUAAAUAUAAAUAUAUGUUUCUUUUUCUGGAGAAAGAAAAGAUGAAAACAUUAUGUGUAGCUUUUGAGACAAUAUCAAUAAUAAUUAUUAUUGCUGUACCUUAUAAUUAUGGCUCUGAUUCUCAAUCAUUAUUGUUAUGGAUGUGUAAAUUCCAGGUGACAUGUAUGUUGUAGUACAACUAUGCUCUUCUCCAUCCCUGAUAAAGGCACACUUUCCAAAAAAACACGGGAGUACACACCCAUCUUUAAACUUCACCAGAUGACAAACUGAUUGAGUUCCACACAUUGCCAUAUUGCCUGUGUUGGAGUAGUAUGUAACCGCCUCUGGCUCAGUAUCUUAUCCACAUUGAUUUCAAUCUACUAGUGCAGGCAACACUGCUCCCAAAAGAUGUCCACGUAACUGUGCAGUUCCUGUACUGAAGUUAUUAAAUCUCAGUGCUGUCUCAGUCAUCCUUUUGGAAGAUUAUCUGUAGAUUCUUUUGUAAGAGGCAUGUAUUAGAGAAAAGCAGUGUAAUAGGUUAAAAACUACAAAUGAAAUUAAACCUGCUUUUCGUAUUUUCUCUGACACUUAUUUAAUGUGGUUUUGAAUAUUCCAAAAUGAUUUGGAAUGCCAAUAAAACACAGUAUAAUCACCUGAAUAUGGUGAGUAGGGCAUUUGCACAAGCUUCUGUGUUUCAUUAUAAUUUCUUGUGCUGGAGAGAAACCGACGUCAGUGUUUACUGAAUUUACUUAGACAGCAGAACAAUGAGAUGAAAUAAUGAAUUAAAUUAUUUUGAUGUGGA